AUGCAAAAGCUCGUUCUUCUUUUAGCGUUGAGCGCUACUGCUUUGGCUUGUAAAACUUGGCCAAAUGGAACCGACACAACUUUCCACUGGUAUCAGUGUAACGCAGGGCCUAUGAUGUUCUACAAUGCCACCCCAUACGACCAAACAGGUACAGCUUUCGGUUGCUCAGCAUUUCAUGUUGAUACCUUCCUUUACGAAUAUGAGCCAAAUCAUUAUUCCCUAAAUUUAGGAAAAAAUUUCGAGUAUCCGAUCCAUCUUUCAAAGCCUAUCAUGGUGAAAUGCGAUGUGCUCAAUCCUACUCAUGUAUACUCUGCUCCCGCUCUCAAACUUACCAUCAGUUUGUGGUCCUGGGGAACAGCCGUAGGCGGCUGUGAUUGGAGCUCACUACCAACAUUUGGCCUGCUAAAUGAUUUGAACGCAUGCCAACAUGGUAUUCCCUGCCCUAUUCAGUUAGGACGUCAAGAAAUUGAUGUGAUGGUUGAUUUUACCCAAUAUCAAGCAAUUAUCAACAUUCUCAAAGACGAUGCGCCAUAUCAGUUAGAGUACGCGAUGCACGACAAGACCUCUGGAGACAACAUCUGCUUAAUGGCACAGGCUCGAGCAAGAAUAAACUAA